AUGACACUUCUCACAGCGGCUGACUUGGAUGGCGCGGGCCAUCAGACGCUGACAUGGAUUGCGAGAGCAGUGGUGUGCCAGCAUCUUCGGCUGCUCGAGUUCGCCUCGGGUGGCUUCGUGGCGAUGUCGCAACUUCCGGGCCGAGCACCUGAAGCAGGGAUCCAAGGGAUCAUCCACACCCUUGUUUUUGCAAGCGCCUCAAACGCGGAGAAGCUGGUGGCGAAACUGCAGCUGCAGCAUAGACUAAAAAGGGCACUUCCCGACGCAGAACAUGGCCCUGUACGAGCUGCUGCUCCGACAACUGCAGGAGUGCACGAGCCUUCGCCCAAGACGGAGGGCCGACAGCUCAUGGAGAAAGCGCCUGCUGAGCGGCCGUGCCUCAAAAGGGGCGGGUGCCAAAGGGAAACUUGGGAGGUAACGGGGCAAUGCGGCAAGACCCACAGCCGGGAGCUACAGGAGGCCGAGCUGAAGCUUCAGUCGCUCAAAGCCAAACAGGACCAUUCUGGAGAGGCCUAUGGCUGA